AUGAAUUCCUUACUCUCAAUACUCAGGUCGACGAAAGGUGUUCGAACCUAUGGAUUGCCUAUGCCUACUGUGUUGCAGCUAUUCAAGUGGCUCCCCAAUCAACCAACGGUCUAUGCGGUCCAAAUAACGGUCAUUCAACCUGCGAAGGCACGGGUUUUGGAUAUUGCUGCUCAACCAGUGGAUAUUGUGGAUCAACUGAUAGCCAUUGUGGCCCAGGACACUGUUACUCUGGGAAAUGUGCCUCUAGCAACGGAACGUCCAUUACCCAAGAUGGGAGAUGUGGUCCCCGAUAUCAUGAUUGGAUCUGUGGGGACUCGACUUUUGGGAAAUGCUGCUCUGUCCAUGGAUACUGUGGGAAUACACCAGACUUCUGCGCAGCAGGGAAUUGCUACUCAGGAGCCUGCUACACAGACAUUGGUGGGGCGAGUGUUGAUGGUUCGUGCGGGCCAAGCUUUGCAGGAAACAAGACAUGCACUGGCACUCAUUUUGGUGAAUGUUGUAGUAUUAAGGGAUCUUGUGGAGAUGGGCCCGACUACUGUUCACACGGGAAAUGCCAUUCUGGGGCGUGUCAAGGACCUAAGACGUAUCCAAUUUUUUUAUACAUUGCGUCCCUUGUCGACAUUUUCUAUUUUAGAAUUGCGGAUAUGA